CCCACUAACGUGGGAAACCAUGCUGGAGAGGGAGCGGAAGGAGUUGGUGAAGAAAAACACCAACCUCAACUGCAUGCCGACGCCGCAUAAGCGGCAGGUGGAGAGGAAGCCGAUUGCUCGGCCUCCCUCCCCCACGGCUGCAUUGCAGACGAAAGCCGCCGCCGAUGGGCGGCGGAAGCGCAAGGCCCAUCUCCUGGAGACAGGAGUAGAGCUUGGUCCGGGCGAAAGCCCUAGCUCCGGCUUCGUGCCGAAGGAGCCGACACCGCCGAAGAGAGGCGUGCGGUGGGGGGCCCCCUUGGAGUCCGGAAACGGCUCCGAUGCGGAAACGCAUUCACCUACCCAGGCCAGGCUGGCCAGAAUUGAUGGCAGCCGGCUUGCCAAGGGCCCUGUGGCCCUUGACAAGUUUGGUAACCUGGAAGGUGCCUCGCCUCCCAAGGCGGGCACCUCUCCAGUCGUCAUCAAGAAGGUCCUCUACAAGGGCGAGAAGGCUUAGCCUUUGAACCCUUGUGGGCCUGGGGUGGUGUCCUAGGGGGG